GCUUUGCCGGCCAAAAUUGCGAAGAAAUAGUAAGAAUGUGCUCGAAAAAUCCUUGCAAAAACGGUGCUUUGUGUCUUCUGGAAGACAAUCUACCAGUGUGCUACUGCGUUCCAGAUUUCCACGGUGAUUUGUGCCAGCUGCAAUACGACGAAUGCCUGCUCGGCCCAAAAUGCUCAAAUGGAGGCACUUGCAUCGAUGGAGUGGACCAAUUUACGUGCUCUUGCCCCCCGAAUUUGACUGGAACCUUUUGCGAGUGUCUCAUGCUGCCCAACAAUCAGCUGGACUGCGCUUAUGUGCUACCGAUGACGACGACAACGUACUACUUUGUAAACGAAACCACGUUUACGUCGACUGAAUUUUUUCCAACCACUUCCGCAGAAACAACAACUAUGGAAUUGGAAGCAUCAUCAACUACGACUGAACAAUUCACUGACUCUACAUUGAUUUCCUCUGAAACGACUGAAGAAGCAACGACUUUGGAAACGACAACAUUUGAAGCAGAAACAUCCUCGAUUCCUACAACGGUAACUGCUCAAUACAGCAGUUCACCGGCAAGUACUGGGGACGAGACCUCGCCUUACUCAACUCAGCUCACUACUAUAGAUUAUUCGAGGGCCCCUACUUCAAGUAGCGUAGAAACUACUACAGACGACGUCCUGAAUCUCGGUUCAACUGAAACCACAAUUGCUGAAACUGGGGAGGCCAGCAGGGCUUUCCCCGAAGAAAUUAUAACAUCCACAACACUGUUUUUCACUGAACAGCCUUCAACAGAACACCAAGGCUCUACAGAAACGACUCCCAGUGACUAUAGCGAAUCUACCCAAGCUACUACAUUAAUUGAUGGUGCUACAACUAUGGGCUUCACCGAGUCAGCAACAACUUCGUCCAGUAUCGAUUGCAGUUUAGCGGAUGAAUCAUGCGAAAACGGCGGCACUUGCAUAUUUGCUUCUGGAAAACACCAGUGCAUGUGUCCAUUUGAUGCCGAAGGCCCUCUAUGUGCCACCAAGCUGGGGAUCAAAAAUGCCGCAUUUAACGGAAACAGCUUCCUCACCCAUCGAUUAUCCGAUGGUCAGAACAUCUCCGUCGAGUUGGAAGCCAAAACUCUUUUCUCCACCGGGCUGAUAUUUGACGUUCACAUGGAUCAGGCCUUCAUGGCUCUUUACGUAGAAAAUGGCUUUCUGAUGUUCAAGUUUUCUUGCGGCUACCAGACCAUGCUGCUCAGUGAGCUUAAGGUUCCCAUCAAUAAUGGAUUUUGGAUCAACGUUAAGGCCUGUCUAGAAUUCGCCAAGGACUUGCAGCAUUGCUAUGCCCAGAUUAAACUGAACGGAACUCUAACCAUGACCGGGAACCAAAUGGCACAGUUGAAUAAAUAUUCCAAAACUGUUGUACGGAUGCACUUGGGAGGCAUUCCUAAUGAGAUUCUACACAAUGGACUGCCCAUGCAAGGAUUCGUCGGCUGCAUGUCCCACCUGAUGAUUUCAGGAAAAUCGAUUCAAAUUCAAAAAGACGCAGAGGAUGGUUUCGGGAUCGCGGAAUGUUCCUCUCUGGGAUGUUUGGCGAAUCCAUGUAAAAACGGAGCUUCUUGCACUGCGGACAAAGAAAACUGGAAAUGCCAUUGCAGAAAUGGCUUUUUAGGACAAACAUGCGACAUUUCGAUCUGCAAUAACAACCCCUGCCUAUUUGGAGGCACUUGCGUGCCCUUCUCCAACAGCGGCUACAUCUGCCUCUGCCCCUACGGAAAACACGGGCAUUUCUGCGAAAACGAUCUUCAAAUAUCGGAACCCUAUUUCUCCUCCACAGUCAAGGGCCUGUCCUCCUAUGUGGCCUACCAGCUGCCCGAGGGAGUUUCCCAGCGAAUGGAGAUCAAAUUUCGAUUCACCCCUACAACGGCCGACCAGAUUUCGCUUCUGCUUUUCAUCGGUCAAGACGGGCAACAUGACGCCUAUUCGGAUCAUUUGGCAGUCAGUUUUGUUCAGGGGUACAUUCUGCUCACUUGGAACAUGGGCUCAGGUCCCCGAAGGAUAUUCACCACUAAACCGGUGGAAACGGGGUCGCGGGACUACUUGGUGCAAGUUGGUUACAAUGAGAGGCAAGCCUGGUUGUUUGUGGAAAACAUGGGCAAUGUUUCGGGAAGAUCCCCUGGACCUUCGACGCAACUGAACACAACGCCUCUGCUAUAUUUUGGUAUGUUUCCCGAAAAUUCACUUCGCACAAGAAAUAUCCAGUAUUUUGGCUUUUCCGCCAAAUUAGGAGAAAUAAAUAAGGAGAAAGUUACGGCUUCCAUAAACAGCCAAUUCGUAACGAUUUAUCAAGUAUGAAUGUUUUGAAUUAAAUUAUUUAUUUUAUUUAUUUAUUUAAUACCAGAAAAUAAAUUACAUAUUAAAUGUAAUUCUACAGAGGCAAAUAAAUUACCUGUACGCAGUCCAGUAUACGCAAACUUAUUAUAUA